AUGGCCUACAACUACGGUCCUCCUCCGCCUGCUCCGCCGCCUGCUCCUCCAGCAGCUGGUGGCUAUCCACAAUAUCCCCCAUAUCAAACCCAAGGUGGUCGUGGUGGUCAUUCAGGAAGAGGAGGCAGAGGAAAUCACCACCAGGCAGGUGGCAGACCCGAAUACCAGGCUCCUAGUCCCUACGGAUACAACCCGCAACAGCCACCCCAACAUCAACCACAGCCAUACGGUCCUCAGCACCCAGGACAGCACCCGGGACAACACCCAGGACAGUACCCUGCUCAGCAUCCCCAACCAGGUCCUGGUGGUUAUCCACAGCCUCCGCAACAGCCCCCACAGCAGUGGCCCGAUCAGGGGCACCAGCAUCAUGCCCCAGGCCCUAAUGCAUUACAACCGCAAAAUUACCAUCCCAACUAUGCUCAGCACAUCUACCACCAACAGCAGCAGCAGCAGCAGCAGCAGGCAUACGGCCAGCCACAGCAGCCACAGCAGCAACCGCCUUAUGGUGCCCCUCCACCACAACCCUAUGGCCAGCCGUAUAGCGCCCCGCAACCACCAAGUGGUCCUCCUCAGCAGUGGGGUGCUCCAGCUCCCACGCCCUCGCACUCUCCCCCGAAUCAACCCCAUCAGCAGCAAUACGGAGGUGGACGAGGCCGUGGAGGACAUCACAACUCGUCCAAGGCCCAGCCCAUGGGGCCACCGAUCAGAAUGGGCUUUGACAACGGGCCUCCUCGGGAUCCCAAUGCUCCAGUGAGCACUGGAUAUCCGCCACAACCGUAUGGGCCUCCUCAGGGACCAAGCCCGUACCCUCCUGCGCCUUAUCAAGGCUAUCCUCCCCCACCUGCUGCACCCCCUGUUGCUGGUCCUCCGCACCAGCAUGGCGGCGGAUUUCAACAGAAUGGACGCCAUCAUGGUCGAGGAGGAUUCAAUAAUAACAGCAACAACUUCAGACAGCGCUCUGGAUUCAAUGACAACAAGGGUCGUCAUCACCACCACAACAAUAACAACAAGAAGUCAGGUGGCCCUCCUUCAACUCCACAGACGCACCAUCAGAAGCCUGAUGCCGCUUCGGCUGGGAAAAAGAAGAAGCGUAAGACCAAUACUCUUGGUCUCACGCCUGGUGAUGAGUCUGAGGACGAUCUUGACGAAGAAGCCAAGCUGAGCGAGCUAAUUGGUAGCGAGGUCCCCGAACUUUCAGAUAUUGCUGCGUGGAUCAACGAACGCAAGCGCAACUUUCCUACACAGAACCGGGUCAAGGCCAAGUUGGCCACAGUUAGCGCGAGCAAGAACGGAGAUGCCAAGGACGAGCGUGCUUUAGCUCUCGAGAGAGACCAGGCCAGGGCCGAUAAGCUCCGUCGAGAGCUGGAGAGAGUCGAAUCCAGCUUGAAGCGGAAGCGUGAGCAGCAAGAUGCUGGCGACGACAUGCGCGGAGUUGCUGCUAGCACCUCCAAGUCACCCUCGAUCAAAUCAGAGGACGACAAACCCGAGGUGGCAACUACCAAGCAGGAUCCAAAUGCUAAUCUUCCUCCGCCUCCCAAGAAGGCUGACCCCACCAAACAUUGCAAGUACUAUUCAACAGGAGGCACAUGUGGCAAGAAGGGCAAGUGCCGCUUUGUCCAUGACCCAGCCGUGAGAGAAGCUGCGUUGAAAGAGCGGGAGAUGAAUGGAGGACGAAUGACGCUGCAGCAGCGUCUGACGCUCAAUGACAAGGAUCAAGAGGAUCUUACAAUCAUCAAGACCCUCGCCUACCUCAAGGAAAAGGGCUUGAUGGAGGCCAAGUCAGCCUCAAAUAGCACAGCCGCGGACGAUAAGACCCCGACCCCAAGCACCAAAUCCUCGUUACCUCCUCCUCCAGCCAAUGGCCUACCGCCUCAGCCACCACCGAGCGUUGUUUCCACGCCGGCAGUCCGUUACCAGGGUUGGAAUCUCAGCGGAUUUGGCAACACUGGCGUCAAGAGUGACCAUUAG